CGAGAGACUGAUUGGGACAGCAGGCAGAGAAAUAUUCAUAUACCUGCAACAAGACCAAUUGCAAAAUCCUCAUGCAUAAGUAGAGAUCAAAUAAUAAAUCAAUAAGUUUAGCAUCAACAAGGGACAGCUUAUCCGGAGAGGAAUGAAUAUUAGUGUUAACAUUGGCAGACACACUGUCUGCUUAGCAAUACAGCCUGCUAGCUGACCAGCUGCUCAAACUUGGUAACGUUAAUUUAUGAGCAGAGCUGGGCUAGCUAGUUAGCACCACGGGCUAUUCAAAAAUCCCUUUGUACCUCAACUUAUUUGGUUUUAACACAAAUCGCGUGUUUACGUGCAAAAGUCAUUUUAGGUCACAAAUCUGUACCUCAGGAUCCUUGCAGAACCUUAAAAAACACCUGAGGACCUGGUGCUCCUGACAUUUGUUUUUGCGCACAGCCACUUGUACAUACAUUUACACAUUGUUAUGUGUAGAAUGUAAAUUAUUUUAGAACAUCAAACUGGUGAAUGACAAAAAAGAUCAUUUUUUUAAAUGGGGGAAGACAGUUAUCAGUCAUUUUUAGGUCAAGUAUUCAAUAUUCACGUCUGUUGUAAAAUUAUAGCCCGAUGAACAGAGCCUACAUCCCCCAUGCCCACAUAGAUCGCAGCGAUCGCUUGAUCCAACAUCCUUGAUGAUCAGUUGGUCUUAAAUUGAUCAAUCUGUUUGUCAGUCAUGAAUGGCUCCCUCUUAACUCCGCCCAGUCCCCGGGCUGCGGCUAAUUCGUCUCCUCUCCCACCCUCCCCAUCUCCCUCCCCGUCUCCUCCAUCCCCAUCACUGUUGCCCCUCUCCACAAGACCCCCGCCACUGCCUCCUCCGACUCCUGCUGGUCAGCCCUUGUCAUCAUUAUCUGACACGCCCACACCAUCUCCAUCUCCCUGUCUUAGCUGGACCGAGUUCUGUGAGCUCCACGCACGGGUAGCCGCCGGUGACUUCGCCCGUCAUUUUCGGGCCUUCUUGCAGGAGAACCCGCAUUACUCCCCUGAUUCUGCUGCUGCUUUCUGUCGCCGCUUCACUGACAGAUUUGUUCGACAUUUCGAGAGUGAACUCGAGGGGACUGGCGUUGGCAGGGAAGGAACAGGAAACUGGGUCGCCCAGUCAGAUGUUACAUCGCUGGAAGAGGAUGCAACAUCCCCGUCCUUGCUGCCACCAGAGAUCACUACCCCCUGCCCGUCCACUCACAUGCGGGCCCCGCCCAAACCUCUUUUGCCCCAACAUGGACAGGAGGAAAGCCGCGGUGCGGAAAGAUUUCAGAACCCUGCAGCAUUUCAGGACUCGUAUGCCCAUACACAAAUUCUCCCCCCUUCCUCCUCAUCUUCAUGCUCGUCCUCAAUGGGCGGCAAUAAUGGGCGGAGGGAGGAGAGAGGACUCACAGUUAAACAGUAUCCUCACAAUCCAUCUGGCUACAAGGACCUGGAAGAAGAAGAGGACAGCUGGAUGGGGCCUGUAACUGGAGAGGAGCUGGAUGCAGAUGCUGUAGGGAAGGACAAUGAGGCAGAAGGUGAGGAUACCUCAGAAAGAGCUGAUCUCAACCAGACUCCAACAUGCCCCAACCCCUCUGGCACACCAGCAAGCUCUGGGUCAAAAGGCAAUGGUACCCCCAUGGGGGGUCACUCCAAAAACAAACUAAAAAAGCGCUUUUCUCUACGCAGCGUGGGUCGCAGUGUCAGGGGGAGCGUGCGAGGCAUCUUACACUGGCGCAGUUCCUCCAGCGACUCCCCUCAGAACUGCACUUCGGGUAACUCCGCCCCUCUUCCUUCCAGUUACAGCUACACUACAGGCCUGCAAGAUGGCAAGAGGAACUCCAGCUCCCAGGCUGUUCCCUCUUCUCUUCCUGUCUCUCUGUCCCUCCCUCUUUCCCUGCCCCACUCUUCAUCAUCAUCGUUGCCUCCAUCAUCAUCCAGCAGCGCAACUUCACUCUCCUUUUCUGAGGCCCGUGAUUGGCGGAGGAGUAACGGAGAUGGGGAGAAGGAGAAAUGGAGUCACCGGUUGGAGAAGUUGCGACUGUCUCGGUCACCGCCACCCACUCUGUCCACAGCUGCUCCACCCACCUCGGCCAUAUCUCCCUCUGCUUUGCCCCCCAGCAGCGCUGGUGCCCCUAGGAAAAUGGGCAGGCUGGUCCGGGAGGGAGGAGUGACCGUGUGCUCAUCUUCGGAUGAGUUUUCUAGCUCUCUUGGAUUCCCUGGGUUCUCGUUUGGACUGCUGCACCACGGUACGGACAACAGCAACUCUGCAUCAGUGCAUCCUUCAGCCAUGGGGGGAGCUGUUGGUGGACGGGGGGCCCGUUGGCACAAGUGUCGCCUAGUUCUGAAAGAGCGAGAUAAGGACAGAGGGGAUGGAGGGCUGGAAUAUUUCCUGGAGUUUUACAUCCCACCUAAGUCCUCCAAGCCCAGAUUGACUAUCCCAUGCUGCUCCAUUGUUGAUGUUAGAAGCACUACAGCCAUAGAGGUGCCAGACAAAGAGAAUACCUUCCUUCUGCGAUUAGAAGGGCAGGUGCAGUACGUGAUCGAGACCAGAGAUGCAGUUCAGAUGAGAGCUUGGCUCAGCGACAUCAGAAAUGCCAUUUGUCUGAGUGAGCAAGAGGAUGUCGAGGGAGUUUGUGGCAGUGCUCUCACUGACCUCAGCGGAACGCCGGAUUUCAGCGACCGUCUGUCUCAAGUGUGCUAUGGUGGAGUCGGGGGUUCUCCCCAACUGGAGCCUCUACCUCCUGAGUUACCACCACGUGCCCCACUUGAUGAAUCGGACAAUCGAUUACUUGGUGGGGGCGGAGCAGGUCUCGGCACGCCUUUUGCUGAAACUCCUGAUGCAACAGGGUCAUUCCUGUUCUCAGAAGGUUCUGUGUCGGAGACUGUAGAACAUCCUCUGAGCGAGUGUCAGUGGUUCCAUGGCACACUCUCCCGUCUUAAGGCGGCCCAGCUGGUGCUGUCGGGUGGCAUGGCCAGCCAUGGGGUGUUCCUCGUCCGGCAAAGUGAGACACGCCGUGGAGAAUACGUUCUCACCUUCAACUUCCAGGGCAAGGCAAAGCACUUACGUCUCUCCCUGAAUGAGGACGGACAGUGUCGUGUGCAGCAUCUUUGGUUCCAGUCCAUUUUCGACAUGCUGGAGCAUUUCCGUGUGCACCCCAUUCCCCUAGAAUCUGGGGGGGCCUCUGACGUCACCCUCAUCAGCUUUGUGGGUGCUACAAAUGUCCGGCAACCAGACUUGACCAGCAGACCCCGUAGUCCUCCCCAGCCACCGCCUCUGCCUCCUGGACGCCCUCCGCCCCCAACCCCACCGCAAGACCGAGGGAGCGAAACGGAGGCCACGGGAGGAGGUGGAGCCAGCAGUGGGGCGGAGGAGUGCGAAGAACGCGAUAGGGAUCCACCUCUCCUCCAACUGGAAGGAGUGGAGGGCGAGGAGAGGGAAGGAGGGAGGGCAAGAGCCAUCGACAACCAGUACUCCUUCUUUUAAGCAGAACAAGGUUGGAUACGAAGAUGAAGAGGAGAGCCUUUCACAAUCAGUAUUUUUCCUUUACCCGAAGAGCUGACAGAGUGUGUUCCAGAGUCAUUAACACUAUUGAACAGAGAGAGAGAGAGAUGGAGAGAAUGUGAGUGAGACAUUCAUAAAUAUAAGCAUAUACGAUAUUGACGGUACAUCAUUGAAACACUAAAUAACUUUGAGUAAAACACUAAAGUAAAUUGAGGGUGGAUUGUGAAAAUCAGCUUUUACUAAUCUGUUCUCCGGUGUUUGUCAAUACUAAAGACAGUUCCUUCUCUGGUGCUGCUGCAUAGGAAGGUACGAGAGCUUCGCCAGUGUUCUUCAGACUGCAGUUCCUAUGGUGGUACCACACUGGUGUUGUGUUUUUAAAUACUUGUUUCACGAAUGGAGGAACAAGUGUGUCCCUUAUCGCAAAUUCAGAUUGUUACAUUGUGUCGGACUCUCUUAUUCAUUAGUCUAGUGUUGCCCGGCCCAUCACACUUAUUCAACAGGAAUGGUUUUUAUUAUUUUUUCCUCAGGUGAGUGGAUAGUUUUACUUCAGAGAUUGUUACCCACCAGCACUCUUAUUAUACUGGAGCAUUGUUUGUGUUCUGCCACUGACAAACUAAGAAUGUCACAAAGUAAUAACUAAAUACUUACUGUUAAUUUCAGUUGAAUAGCAGGCAUUGCCUUUGCCAAAAGCCCAAUUUUUUUAAAUCUAGUAUUACUUCUUAAGGUUAAUGAAAAUAUUAAACAUCUCUAUAGAUUCCAUUAUUACCUCAGAGUCCUGAUCUGUUACCCAGCUCCUCUCCAUGAAUGAGAGCACAACAUACAGAGCCAGGACGAAUCCUCUGCUCUCCCUCUCUCUUUCAUUAAUUUUCCCAUUACUUGUAGUUUCACAGCCUUGCUGUGCUACAGGUGCAUUUAUUUGCAUUGAGGUGGAGUCCAGAGGAGGGAGAGAGAAUGCUCUUUGUUUAAAAGAGGACUUUGUUGUCAAGUACAAUAAUAACUGCUAAUAAUAAUUUUAAAUUUAAUAAUUGUCCAAAUAAUAGUAUUAUUUUAUUUUCAAAAUGCCUUUAUUUUUGUUGUUUAUUAUAUUGACACAUAAUAUUUGUUCUCCGAGAUCUGUUUUCUCUUUUUUUGUGUGUGUGCCUUUUUAUAUUUCUAAUCUAACCCUGUCCCCCACUGCGGUCUCUUUCAACUUUGCUUCGCUUUCCACAGAUUUCAGGAAAACGUUUUAAAAAAGGAAAAAAAUAGUCCCUUUCUUCCUGUGCCUUUUCGUGUUGUUACUUGCCAUUUCCUCUUGUUUUGUGCCAGUCAUUCUUCAUUUUUUUUUUGCCUCAGUCUUUUGCUGCACCUGCCAUUCAUUUGAGUGCCUCCAUCUGUAAUCUCCUUUUUAAUUCAUUUCUCUUUUUCUGUCUCAACUUCUUCAGAUGUUCUUUUCUUAAUCCCACGGAUCAUUCAGUACGAUUUGUUCUCUUUGUUUGCUUUGUGCGCUUCUCGCUCCAUUUUAUUCUUUAUUUAAACCUAUUAUUGUGCCUUCUCUCUUCUCUUCUUUAUCUCUCUGUCUGUGCUGGGGCCGUGUGUUAAGGUGGACACUGUUGCCCACUCUGUGUAAUUAGUUUCAGGUACUACAUUGAAUUUAAUGAUGAUGAUAAUAAUAAUAUGAUAUAAUAUAAUUAUACUGAAACAAUGUUUGUGUUGUGUUUGUGUAAUUGGGAUGGAUGGAUGGAUGGAUGGAUGACAUGUAUGGUCAUAAACAGAACUUUACUUCCAGAAAUCCAUUGUGUGCUCAUAAUCCCAUGAUGAUUUAAGUACAUUUAAAAAAAUAUAUGUGCGAUU